AUGAGCAUCCAGCUGAAGCACGUCCCCUGCCCAGCUGGCAACAAGUGCACAGCCUUCCAGUGCAUCUUCGGGCAUGCCAACGAGCAAAAGCAAAAGAUAGUGCCACCUCGAGAGGAGAAUGAAGCACCAUUCCGUGAUGAGGACCCGACAACUCAUGAUAGUCCACGGAAGCGACUCAAAGUGGACCAGGGGAUGAGGGCAGCUGGGGUACGAGCCUCGUCUGGCCAGCCCACCGACGAAGCCAAUACAGCUACUGGCACGGCGCCGAUUGAGACGAAGCCAGUGCCACAUCGUUCGCUCUCAAAACCUGAGCCGUCGAUCCGUAAGCCAGCUGUCACCGCCUCGCCGGCGUCCCAGAAAACGUCAUGCGUAACCGGUGAUGCAAGCCAAGUGGCUGGGAAGAAGACGGCUGUGCCGCCGCGAAAGGCGGAGAGUCUCAAUCCUCGGUUGCUGAAGAGCUCUCCCGCAAGCCACGAACUUCGACUCAAGCUUGUCAGGAUGCUCCACAGCGAAUUCUCUCGUCUCAACUUGGAGCUCAAGAAGGACGCCAUGGACGACGAGCUGAAGCUGGUCUUGUCCGACCAAGACCUCAUCAUCAAAGCCCUCGACGAAGAGCAGAGAGUUGCACAGGAAAAGCCGGCCGUGUACUCGAACGUGAUGAAGAACCAAGUCAUGCAGCACAAACGCAUGGGCGUCUCGCAGUGGAAAGCCCAACGCGCCAAGGAGCUGCAAGCAAUGCGGAAGGUUGCCGGCAGCAAAUCGUCGAACUUGGCCCCGAAGACGAUCCAUACCGGACUUCCUCCUUCCGAGGAGGUCAAGAUUCUGCGACGUCUCCUCACACCGAUAGAAGGCCUCUCCAAGCAUGGCUACGUCGCCAAGGUGCCUACGGAGGAAUCCAUCCAGUCGACCCGCAACGCCGUCAAAGCUGGAAAAGGCUGGGAAGUGUGCGAUCGCUGCCAGCAACGCUUCCAGGUGUUCCCCGGCAGACGCGAAGAAGAUGGAGCGCUUGCGACCGGAGGCAACUGCCACUUCCACUGGGGGAAAACGUAUAUCCCCGCGAAGGCGCCUGGGGACAAUAGCAGGGUACCCAAGCGGUUUCAAUGCUGCAGCCAAGAGGUCGGCGAAUCCGCAGGCUGCAUUACCCACGACAACCACGUGUACAAGUUCACGGAUGCGAACCGGCUGGCUACUGUCAUCAACUUUGCGGCGACGCCGGAGAACAGCAUCGUCCCGACGGGUAGGGCGGUCUGCUUUGAUUGCGAGAUGGCGUAUACCGUCCACGGCUUGGAGCUGAUACGCCUCACGGCGACGUCAUGGCCCACGGGCGAGGAGCUGCUGGAUGUACUCGUCCAGCCGCUCGGAGAAAUCUUGGACCUCAACUCUCGCUAUUCCGGCGUUUGGCCGGACGAUCUCGCUUACGCCGUCCCAUGGACCGAUUGUGCCGACCCUGCGCCGUCUAAUAAGAGCAGCGAGGGGGCCGGAAGCGAAAAAGGCGAAGUCAUGCCCGGCAGAAAGAAGCUCAAGAAGGUGUCGUCUCCCGUCGUCGCGCGAGACUUGCUAUUCUCUCUCCUCUCGCCAUCGACACCCUUGAUCGGACACGGUCUCGAAAACGACCUCAACGCCGUCCGCAUCGUCCACCCGACGGUCGUCGACACGGUCCUGCUGUACCCUCACAAGGGAGGCCUGCCGUUCCGGACGGCCUUGAAGAAGCUCAUGUAUGAUCACAUGAACAAGAAGAUACAGCAAGAGACGGGCCCCAAGAUGCUCGGUCACGACUCUGCCGAGGAUGCGCGGGCGGCCGGCGACCUUGUACGGCUCAAGGUCAUGGCACACUGGCAAGACAUGAGACGCGCGGGCUGGAGGCUGGUGGACGGCGAAGUGCUUGCGCCGAUCCAAAACAACGCCAAGGAAGGCAGCCUGACGGAGAGCUUUAUCGAGUCCUAA